AUGCCACGAUUAGGUUCAAAAAAUAAGGAAAAACUAGAAGAGACCACUACUCCAGUAAAAGACAAGGUUGACUUUUAUCGUGAAUUUUCAAAAGUAAAAAAUACAGUUAAGGAAACAGAUAUAAGGAUAGGCUUACUAGAGAAGUUUCGAGAUGAACAGUUAUAUAUAGGAAAGAUUCAGGAAGUGGAAUCUGAACAAGAUUUAAUUGAACAAUUAUGCUCUUUUUUUGCUAAUAUGAAGAAGAAAGAUGGUGCUGACUAUUCUGUUAAUUCUAUUAGAGCUUCUCUUGCAGCUGUUAAUCGUGUUCUUCAAGAAAAAUCAAGAAUUAAAAAUAUUGAUUUAUAUAAUGAUUCUCGUUUUAAAGCUAUAAAAGAAGUUGUUGAUGGAAAAAUUAGAUUUUUAUCUAAAAAUGGAAAAGGUGAAACUAAAGGAGCAGAUUCGCUAGAAGCUAACGAAAUUACCCAAAUAUUAAAUCAUAGAUUAUUAGAUGGUACCACACCUGAAAGAUUAUUGAGAAGAGUGUUCUUUAUCAAUGCAAUAUAUCUUGGGCUUCGUGGAGGAGAACAUGCAUUACUUAAUGGAACUGAUUUUGUUAAAUGUGAUGAUGGUGGAUACAAUGUUUUUAUUUAUUGUUCCAAAAACAACCAACGUGGUCUUACUGAAAAUCGAGGAAAGGCAGACAAAUUGGUUUUAGCAAAUCAUCCAGAAGUUACUUCAUUUCUUGAUAAAUAUUUAUCAUCACGUCCCUAUGGUGCAGAUCCCGAUUUCUACCUUCAGGAAGUUGAAGAAGAAUUUGCUUUGAAAACAGGAAUUUGGUAUAAACCAAAACACGUAGGAUUCAGAAGAUUAAAUUCAUUUUUAAAUGAAAUUUGCAAAAUUACUGGCAUUAACUUUAGUGGUAGGAAAAUCACUAACCAUUCUGGGCGACGUGCACUUAUCCAAAAUUGUGAAAAAAUGGGCAUUCCUAAAGAAGAAAUAAAAUUACUUUCUCGCCACCGCUCUGAUGCUGGAUUAUUAUCAUACACUUUACCUCCUGAUGAUAAAAAAGAUGAGAUUAUUGGAAAAUUUAUGGAUAAAAUUCAUGGAAAACCAACUUUAGAUAAGGUGAAAGUACCAGAUAUAUUAAAUGGUCAAGUUUCAUAUAAUGAACAAGUAAUUGGAAAAGAAAACAAUAAUAUUAAAACUGCAAAAGAAGUAUUUUACGAAAAUCAACAAAAUUCUCUAAAAAAGCUAUUAGAUUUAACUGACAUAAAUCAACAAUUAGAAAUUUCAAUGAAUAUUGAUCAAUUUAAAGAGUUAUUUAAUUGCGGUUUAAUUUCCAAGCUUAAAGGAAAGGUUAAUUUGUCAUAG